GUGUUUGAAGAUAAGUGUGACAUUCGGGGCGGAGAGGAACCUUCAAAACAUAUUAAGAAGACCAGGUUCUUGAUGAUCAUGUAGAUAAUAUCACGUGUGGAUGAACUGGAUGUUGGUUUAAAUGCUUACAACUUAUAGCCUCCAGCUGAAAGGAAGGGGAAAGUAAAACUUGUUGAGAAGCGGCACUCUCUCUCUCGUUGGAUCAAGCAGGAGGGACGGAUCAUGUUGACAACUGAUGAAAGGUGGGCGACAAUCUACCUCAUCGGGAGGGCAACUGCUGUAGCGUUUCCUAUUCAUCAUCGUCAUCAUCAUCCUCAGCAGCAGCAUCAUCAGCAUCAUCAUCGUCAGUGCGCGCGGCACGCACCACACUUGCACCACAUCCUCAGUGCCACGAAAUCGCCAGCGCGCAAAGAUGAACAACCUGCCGGAGCACAAACUGUCCUCGGUGGCCCCGCUGAAUCAGUUUAACGUGGAGAAAAAGGAAGUUGAGCUGAUCCUGGUGAAGGAGCAGAAUGGGGUCCAGUACACGAACUCCUCUGUCGUGGCCUCUCCGAGCUCCCGCGGCUGCACCUCCGGCUCCGAUGAGGAUGUGGUCAGGGAGACCUGGGGCAAGAAAAUGGACUUUCUGCUCUCUGUCGUGGGCUUCGCUGUAGACCUGGCCAAUGUGUGGAGGUUCCCCUACCUGUGUUACAAAAAUGGAGGAGGAGCCUUUUUGAUCCCAUAUGUUCUGUUCCUGUUCAUUGCUGGGAUGCCCCUGUUUUACAUGGAACUUGCUUUGGGUCAGUAUAACAGAGAAGGAGCAGCUACAGUUUGGAAGAUCUGUCCUAUAUUUAAAGGUGUUGGCUACACUGUAAUCAUCAUAGCUUUGUAUGUGGGCUUCUACUACAAUGUCAUCAUAGCUUGGUCAUUGUAUUACUUAUUCUCCUCAUUGACAAGUGAGCUGCCCUGGCUCACGUGUAAUAACCCGUGGAACAGCCCCAAUUGCACAGAACCACAACACAUCAAUGGCACCUUCCUGGGUAACAGAACCUCCUAUGCCAAGAACAAGAACACACCGGCUGCAGAGUUCUACGAGCGUAGAGUGCUGCACAUUCAUGAGAGUAAAGGCAUCAGUGACCUGGGUCUUCCUCGCUGGGAGCUCACCCUCUGCCUUAUUUUGGUUGUCUUCAUCCUUUGCUUCAGCCUGUGGAAGGGAGUCAAAUCCUCUGGAAAGGUGGUGUAUGUUACAGCUACUAUGCCCUACGUAGUGCUGCUGGUGUUGCUGAUUCGAGGCAUCACCCUCCCUGGUGCAAUGAAUGGAAUUAGGGCAUAUCUCCACGUUGACCUAAAGAAGCUCAAUAAUCCUCAAGUAUGGAUUGACGCAGCUACUCAGAUUUUCUUUUCUCUAGGAGCCGGGUUUGGAGUCCUCAUUGCCUUUGCAAGCUACAAUAAAUUUGACAAUAACUGCUACAGGGAUGCUAUUAUAACCAGCACUAUAAACUGCAUUACCAGUUUCUUCUCAGGGUUUGCCAUCUUCUCAGUACUGGGGUAUAUGGCUCAUCAUCAUCAGGUCAACAUAAAGGAUGUGGCCACUGAGGGAGCUGGACUGGUAUUUAUAAUCUACCCAGAAGCAAUCUCAACUCUACCUGGAUCCACAUUCUUUGCGAUAGUGUUUUUCAUUAUGCUUCUGACUCUUGGAAUUGACAGUUCUAUGGGUGGCAUGGAGGCAGUGAUCACUGGUCUGUCAGAUGACUUCAAAAUCCUGAAGAGGAAUAGAAAAUUAUUUACAUUUGCUGUAGCAUUUGGGACAUUCCUAAUAGCCCUUCUGUGUGUUACAAAUGGAGGGAUCUUUGUGUUGACCCUGUUGGACAGGUAUGCUGCAGGGACGUCCAUUCUGUUUGGGGUACUGAUUGAGGCCAUUGGAGUAUCUUGGUUCUAUGGUGUGGACAGAUUCAGUGAGGAUAUUGAACGCAUGAUGGGCUUCAAACCAGGGAUCUACUGGAGGGUCUGCUGGAAGUUUGUCAGUCCAGCAUUCUUACUUCUUGCGGUAAUUGCCAGCAUUGUUACCUCCGGCGACCUGAGAUAUGAUGACUAUAUUUUCCCUCGCUGGUCAAAUAUGGUGGGCUGGACCAUAGCCUUGUCCUCCAUGCUGUUUGUACCAGUCUACGCCAUCUACAAAUUGCUUAUAAUUCCAGGCACCUUCAAGGAGAGAAUAGCAUACGGCAUUACUCCAGAACAUGAAUAUCACAUGGUGACAGAGGGUAAUGUCAGGCAGUUCAAGCUCAGACACUGGUUAUCCAUCUGAUGAAGGGGUCAGGUGGAAGUGCCAUCAAAUGAUAUUGUGUGAGAGAGAAAAGGAUAGAGUGAAGUGUUGGCUUUGUUCAUUUUUCCAACACCACACACACAGUACUGUCCAGUCUGCUCCAUGUGUUCAGUGGUUGACUAGACAUUUUUGGUUUAGAAAAAGAAUAAGCCACCUUCAUGUAGUACAUUUUGUUGCUUUGCAGCCUAAAAUGAAGACACAGUUUUUGUUUUAUGCAGCUGUAUUUACUCAGUGCAACAUCUAACAACCAAGUAAAAGAUAACACAUCUCAAAAAAAAGGGGGGGGAUGUAGUUUUCCACCUCCUCAAAUGGCACACAAAACCUUUCAACCGUGAACAGAUGUGGUCAUUUUGAUCAGCUCAGCAUGAAAAUAAAUUUCCUAGAGCAUUUCAGUCCUUGGUAGUGCAACGGAAGCAAACAAUC